AUGGCUGCCGCAAGUGCAAGGCUUUUCUCGCGGGUAAAAGAUGGCUUCACAACCAGCGUCCGUUUCGCGAGCUACGAAGCUACGCGAAAGAACCUGAAGCUCAACUCCAACUCGAAAGUGAUCUGCCAGGGUUUCACCGGCAAGCAGGGUACCUUCCACUCGCAGCAAGCCAUCGAGUAUGGCACGAAACUGGUCGGCGGAGUGUCCCCCGGCAAGGGAGGUCGCACGCACCUGGAUCGUCCAGUGUUUAACACAGUGGCCGAAGCCAAGAAAGCCACGGGAGCGGAAGCUACCGUGAUCUACGUGCCACCGCCCGGAGCCGCAAAGGCCAUCAUGGAGGCAAUCGAAGCGGAAAUGCCAUUGAUUGUCUGCAUUACCGAGGGUGUGCCGCAGCACGACAUGGUGAAGGUGAAGCACGCCCUACUGGCACAGGAUAAGUCGCGCCUUGUCGGCCCCAACUGCCCCGGAAUUAUUGCACCCGAGCAAUGCAAAAUCGGUAUUAUGCCGGGACAUAUUCACAAACGCGGCAAAAUUGGUGUCGUGUCUCGAUCGGGUACCCUGACCUACGAAGCCGUUCAUCAGACAACCGAGGUCGGCCUUGGUCAGACGCUGUGCGUCGGUAUCGGCGGUGAUCCGUUCAACGGAACCGACUUCAUUGACUGCCUGGAGGUCUUCCUGAAGGAUCCCGACACCAAGGGUAUCAUCUUGAUCGGUGAAAUCGGUGGUGUGGCCGAGGAAAAGGCUGCCGAUUACCUUAUGCAGUACAACCAGGGCAUCAAAGCGAAACCUGUAGUAUCGUUCAUUGCUGGUCUUUCGGCUCCACCCGGCCGUCGUAUGGGCCACGCUGGUGCCAUUAUUUCCGGUGGAAAGGGAGGUGCUCAAGAUAAGAUCAACGCACUGGAGAAGGCUGGUGUGAUCGUUACGAGAAGCCCGGCGCAGAUGGGCAAGGAAUUAAUCAAAGAGAUGAAGAGAUUGGAGUUGGUUUAG